CUUGCUAAUUGAUUAAUAAAUUUAGAAUUUUUAUUCGUCAAACAAUUUGAAGUUAAAAUAUGCAGCUUAAAACUGUAAUGCAGAUGCAAGAACUGUUUUCUGUAUCGCGUUUUCAACGUGGCUACUGGCUGAGUCCAACUCUCAAGUUCCAUAAUUUCAGAAGAAUGGCGGCGUUCUCAUAUUGUCAGUCUGUUCAAUAUCUGAGAGUUUCUUCGAAAACCCAUCUCUUGUUUUCUAGAGGCAGAGAUACCCAGAAGAAGACCAACGCUCUAGUGUUAGCUUCUACAAACAAAUCAGAUAAUAAUCUCCCUCUUCAUUCAAAGGUCCGGAAGUUGCUUGACAGUAUAAAAUGGGAUGACAAAGGUUUAGCAGUGGCUAUAGCUCAAAAUGUUGACACAGGAGCUAUAUUAAUGCAAGGCUUUGUCAACAGGGAUGCUCUAGCUACAACCAUCUCCUCACGGAAGGCAAAAUUUUACAGCCGGUCAAGGUCAACAUUGUGGACAAAGGGAGAGACCUCUAAGAAUUUUAUAAAUGUUCAUGACAUCUUUCUUGAUUGUGAUCGUGACUCUGUAAUAUAUCUUGGGAAGCCUGAUGGACCUACCUGCCACCCAGGGUUAGAAACUUGCUACUAUACAUCAGUUUCUGAUCUUCUAAGUGACAAACAGGUUGAAGGAAAUAGGUUGGCAUUGACAACUUUGUACUCGUUGGAGACUACAAUUUCCCGGCGGAAAAUGGAAUUAGCAGCGCCAGAAAGUGGAAAACCCUCUUGGACUAAAAGAUUAUUACUAGAUCCCAAUUUGCUGUGCUAAAAAAUUCGAGAAGAAGCAGAUGAGUUAUGUCGAACAAUGGAGGAGAACGAGGAUAAGUCACGUACUGCCUCAGAGAUGGCAUAUGUGCUGUAUCAUGCCAUGGUUCUGGUGGCACUCAAAGAUGUAAAAGCCAAGGAUGUCCUAGAAGUUCUCCGCAAGAGAUUUUCAGAGUCAGGCAUUGAGGAAAAGAGCAGUCGUACGUCACAAAGCUAGGCAUGGAGUGUAGCUGUCACCAGGGAAAUUAUCAUGAUAAUUUGGUAUGCUUUUUCAAGAAUAAUACUGCAUGAUCAUGAACAUCAUGCCAUAUCCUCGUUUUUUUUUUUUUUUUUUUUUAUGUAAUUUGGUGCUGAACUUGUGAUAUAAUUUAGGGUGGUAAUUGAUUGAAAAAGACAUAGUUGCCACAAACAAAUCAAUUUCACAAAA